ACACGAGCCCAGAGGCCAUCGGUCGCUGACCCCCAGGCUCAGCUCUGCCCACCGGGACCAUGGCAGGCCGCACCCAGACCCCCGCUCUCACCGCCCUCCUCUGCCUGGGGCUGUGUCGGGGCCUGUGGGCCAAGACAGCGGCAGGAACCCUCCCCAAGCCCCUCAUCUGGGCUGACCCUGGCCCCAUGGUUGCCACGGGGAGCCCAGUGACCAUCUGGUGUCAGGGGUCCCUGCGGGCGGACACCUACCGUCUGUUCAAAGCUGGGGCCCCUGCAUAUGACACCUGGGCCCCGUGGGACUCCAGAGACAAGGCCAGCUUCCCCCUCGGAUCCGCACACUGGGACACCGCGGGGCUGUACCGCUGUGCCUAUGGCAUCUCGGGCAGCUGGUCCAGGCAGAGUGACGCCCUGCAGCUGGUGGUGACGGGAAUGUACAGCGCACCCCUCCUCUCAGCCCACCCGAGCCCCGUGGUGGCCUUGGGAGAGAAGGUGACCCUCCUGUGCAGCCUAAGGGACACGUCCGGCACGUCCUACCUGCUGAAGGAGGGAGGAGCCGCAACACCCCAGCCCAUGGCACCGAGCCUCUCUCGGGGGAGGUGGCUCAGCCUGUUCUCCCUGGACCCCGUGACCCACACCCACGGGGGCACCUACAGGUGCUACGGCUCCUCCAGCCACAAUGGCUUCCUGUGGUCACAGCCCAGCAACCCCCUGGAGCUCCAGGUCACAGGUGUGGACAGGCAACCCUCCCUCACAGCCCAGCCCGGCUCGCUGCUGCUCUCUGGGGACAGCGUGACCCUCCAGUGUCACUCGGGGUCCAGCUUCGACAGAUUUGCUCUGGUCAACGACUCAGAGCCCACAGUGCCCCCGCGCCUUGAUGGGCAGCACAGUCCCGUCUUCCCCCUGGGCCCCGUGGGUCACUCCCAGGGGGGCAGAUACAGAUGCUAUGGGGGACACAGCCUCUCCUCCACGUGGUCAGCCCCCAGCGCUCCCCUGGACAUCCUGGUAGCAGGAAUGUACCAGAAACCUUCCCUGAGGGCCCACCCAGGGCCAUCAGUGGCCUGGGGGCAGAAUGUGACCCUGCAGUGUCUUUCUGAGGUGGGGCUUGACACCUUCCUCCUGUCCAAGGAGGGGUCAGGGGCUCCUCCCCAGCGCCGCCCCGGGCAGAAGAGGACUGCGCCUUCUCAAGCCAGCUUCUCGCUGAGUGCUGUGACCUUGGUCCACGGGGGCACCUACAGGUGCUACGGCUCAAAAAGUGACCACCCCUACCUGCUGUCCCAGCCCAGUGAGCCCCUGGAGCUCGUGGUGGCAGGCUCCCCUCCCCAGGAUUACACAGUGGGGAACCUCAUCCGGAUGGCCAUGGCUGCCUUGGUCCUGGUGGUCCUCGGGAUCCUGCUGUUUCAGGCUCAGUAUGACCAGAGAGGGACCCAAGAUGCAGCCAGGAGGUGAACAGCAGAGAACAGGCAGCACUCAGAGUGCAGAGUGGGAGAUGAAGGACCAUCCAGAGGUCUGCAGACCAGCUGGCUCAGCUGGGGCUGCACCCUGACCCUGUCCAGGCAGCAAAGGUGGCUGGGUCAGGACGGCUGGGUGCUGGCUGCACAGUCUUCCCCACAGUGCUGUGAGCACACAGGGCUGGCCCACCGCUCUCUGCAGCCCUCCAGGAGCC